AUGAAUGAAGGAGCAGCUCUUCGAGUGUUGUCAUUUCUUAGCGAUUCAAAUCAACAGCAUGUAGACUCUUUACUUAAUGAGAAACCAAAAGUAACUGUAAUUGGAGAAGAACACGAGCCCGAUGAAUUCAUUGAAGAAAAACCUACCAUACCUGCUAUCGAUGAUGAAACAGAGCUUUCUCCAGAAAUCAUCAAGGAAUUUUUUAAAGCAACUCAUGAAGGUUCAAUUGACAGGCUGGAAGCACUCUUCGAUACAAUAUCCGGUGCUAGUCCAAAUAUGACAUGUUUUACUGAAUCUCUUCUUAUGGCUGCUAUUCGUGCUCAACGAUAUAAAGUCGCUGAAUAUCUCAUUGAUCAAUUAGGAGUGAACGUUAAUCAUACAUGUGAUCAAUUUGAAUUUCGUAUCAAUUCGCAAAUUCCCAUUCGUGAGCAAACAGUAUCUUGUCGUGAUUUAGCAUAUACUAGAGGUAUGAUGGAUCUUGUUGAUUUAAUUGAUAUAACUAGUGAUGACGUAAAACCAAGUGUAAAACGAUAUUUACAACGACGUUUAAAAGUACGUCUCGAUCAAAUUCAUCAAGCUUAUUUAAAACGCAUGAAAGAACGUAGUCGUCGUUUAACAAUUCAAAUACAAGAAAGAAAUAAACAAAUUGUAGAAGAGGAUGACCUAGAAAAAGACAAUGAAGAACCAUCAAGUGCAAAUGUCAUUGACAAUGAUAAUAAUAAUAAUAAUAUUAAUAAUGACAAUAGUGCAUUUCAACAAUCACUUCUACUGCAGCCAAUUGUUCCUCGUCAAUAUAAAUCACACAUUGAAGCAACCAUUCGAAGUAUUGAAUCAAAAACUGACAAAUCCAUUGAUGAAACAGGAAAAAAAUUAUUUCGGUUUUCUGGUUAUAGUCUUCGUUAUCGUCUAGUCGAAACAGGAAAUACGAAUCAACAAAAACAAGAACGAUCUCGACCAAAGACAGCAAUAGUGUCCUUUCCAUUUGUUCCCACAACUUCUACACGACCAAUACUUCAAUCAGCAAUGCCACCAUCGAGACCAAUGACAACAGCAACAACACCUAAUGUUAAUCGCCGUUCAGCUAGUGAAGUAAGCGCACGAAUACCAAUACGAGAAACACGAACAUCCAUAUGUCGAUCAGCUCGACGUACAGCUACGCCACGUACUUGUACAACAAUAAAUUCUGAAAGUAAACCUGAAGUAAUAUCUUCGGCAGCAGCAGCAGCAACGACGACAGCAGCAACAACAGUAUCAACAGCUGCGAUUAAUAUUACUCAACGACUAUUACCAAAACGAAUCCGUCAAUUCGACACAAACUAUGCUUACGUUCCUCAACUACAGCAUUCUGCUGUAUAUAAUGAUCCGCGUCGUUUUCUACCCGUAACAUUGAAAACCACUGCCACCGGUUUACUAUCUGGCAGCCGGCUAAUUCGAGAGUAA